AUGGAUGAAGAGUUGACCACUGGUCAUGAAGGUGAAACCGAGUCAGAUUUACUGGAUCUCCAAAUGGACAUCAAACAGACCAGUGAAAAUGAGGAAUCCAAGAACAUACUUCAGAUUCAUACAGCUAGCAGCAAGUCAAAUGAGGUUUUGAUCUCUGGUCAUACAGAUGAAACUAAACCAGACUCAUUACAUCACCAAAUGGGUGACAAACAGCAAUUAGACAAUGUGCCCCAGACUCUUACGACUGGUAGUGAUUCCCACGAAGGGCUGACCUCAGGUCACAGAGGGGAAGCUGAAUCGAAUACACGGCAGGCAGAUGUGUGUUUGGAAGAGAACAUGGAUGUGACAGUAUCAGAUAAGAGUGGGAUUAUUAGCCCUGUGAUUAUGGCCAAUUCUGUAUGUGCCACAGUGUCAAGUCAAAGCUCUCUGGAAGUCUUACGCAUGCAGUACAGAGAAGACAGCUCUGAGGACUGUUCAUCAGAUAGUGACUCAGAUUCAGAUUCGUCUUCGUCAUCUUCCUCAUCAUCUUCGUCUGAAGUAGUUGGCACAGCGAUGGAUGACCUUGAUGAGAAUGAAUGUUUGAAUUCAAGUUCUGGGAAGAAGCCUGCACCACUUAAGACUCAAGAUGAGGUUCUUAUUGAGGAGCUGCCUGCUGUUGAAGAUCUGACCCUGAGUCUACCAGAGGACACUGUUAUUGAGCCAGUUGGAGUCAUUAGCAGUGUUGUAGAGCAACUAGUGAUAAUUGAGUCAUUUAAGAAUACUGCACCACUGAAAGACGACAGUGUCUUAUUCAACAAAGACAGACUGGCUGUUGGAAAGGUGUUUGAGGUCUUUGGGCCCGUGUGUCAACCCUAUUACAUUUUAAGGUUUAACUCCCAUGAGGACAUUAAAUCAAAAGGCCUCAAAGCCCAGGACACUGUAUACUUUGCUCCAAAGGUUAAAGAUUUUACUGACUAUAUCUUCACAGAACAGCUGAAACAAAUCAAAGGCUCAGAUGCCAGCUGGAAAAAUGACCAAGAGCCACCACCAGAGGCUUUAGAUUUCAGUGACGAUGAACAGGAAAGGUUGGCAAAGCAGAGGCUCAAAGAGCAGAGGAAACAGCAGAAUAAUGACAGUGACUCUGAGAGUGAUGCAGGCAAACAGAGGCAGGGUCCACCACACAAGCAGAGCUCUCAGAGGCCUCCCAAGCGAAAACAGCAUCGUGGCAGGAGCUAUAAUACUAGCACAGCACCCGACAGUUUUUACGGCAACUUCCAUAGCGAUCAUCACGUCAACCCUUAUGUCCAUCAUGGGCCUCCGGACUGCAGGUUGCCCCCUCCAUACCCAUACCCCCCACCUCCCCUUGAACCUCCAGUUUAUCCCAACUACCAGUAUCCCAGGCCACCCCCUCCACACAUGCAAAUGCCCUGGAUGCCUUACCCUAAUCAGGGACCAAUGUUCUAUCCACCUCCUCCACUGCCACACCCAAACUAUAGAGGUCCUAGAGAGACUCCUCUCUAUAGAGAUUCUCCUCCACCACCACAAUACAGAGGUCCAAGGGACACUUUUUAAUUCCU